AUGGCGACUGCAACUUCCACUGCCUCAGGAUCUUCCGAGGACCUAGGUGCCGCCUUUAAGACGCCGGAGCCGCCGCAGGGUAAAUUGCCUGAUAGAAUUACUGGCCGGCUUUUCCCUUUGAGCUACAAGGAAGGAUUCAGCCAAUGGUGGGCAAGUAUCCCCGCUGCCACCGCUGAACACAAAGUCCUCUCUUUCAUCCCUUACCUCCAACACCCACCCACCCACAAGCAGACCGGGAAAGAUGCUGUGACUCCGAAUCAAUCUACGGACAGCCUCACCGAAGCGGACCCCAGCCAGGCUUUCCAGAUUUCCACCAAAUCCGUCGAUGAUCCCCAUGGUCCCCGCAUAUGGCGCUCCACCAUGGUCGAGCUGAGCGGGAAGAACCGCGCCCUGAAUGAAUUCUCCAUCGAGCGCGUCGGCGAGAAAACCGAGCAGAACCUUGUCAUUCUUCACGGAUACGGCGCUGGUCUAGGUUUCUUCUACAAGAACUUUGAUGCUCUCAGCCGUGCCAAGGGCUGGCACUUAUAUGCCCUCGACAUGCUGGGGAUGGGUCGAAGUACACGGCCACCUUUUAAAAUCCACUCAAAGGAGCGUCAGAAGGCCAUCAGCGAAGCUGAAGACUGGUUCAUCGAUGCUUUGGAAGAGUGGCGAAUAAAGCGCAGGCUCGACAAGUUCACUCUUCUUGGCCAUAGUCUAGGCGGGUAUAUAGCCGUGUCAUACGCCCUCAAAUACCCCGGGCGCCUCAACAAGCUCAUCCUUGCGUCCCCUGUCGGAAUCCCCGAGGACCCCUUCGCCGUUAGUGCUGAAAUGCCCGAACCAUCCGCUUCCACUGUCGCCAACGAAUCCGGUCAGGGCCAGAAGAGCAUCACUAAGCCCGCACCAGACAACAACAACAACAACAACAAUGGGGUCAGCAGUGAAGCUACACCCCCUCGCCGGCCCCUGCCCAAAUGGGUGAAAUACCUCUGGGACUCCAACGUUUCUCCUUUCAGUCUUGUGCGCUGGUCUGGUCCCCUCGGGCCUCGCCUUAUUUCUGCCUGGACGUCGCGCCGCUUCUCGCAUCUGCCGCCCGCCGAAUCCCAGGCACUUCACGACUACGCAUACUCCCUCUUCCGCAUGCGCGGCAGCGGCGAAUAUGCCCUGGCGUAUAUACUAGCGCCUGGCGCCUUUGCGCGGAAUCCGUUGAUUAGACGCAUCCAUGCCGUGGGGAGACAGGUGCUAAGGCCUGAUGAUGUCGAUAUUGAUGUUAACGCUGCUGCUGCGCAGGCACAAACAGAGACACAGACACAGACGCAAAAAUGGUGUGCUGGCAAACAAGAUGUGACGACCUCGACACCUCCACCGGAAACUUCGCUAAACUCAACGACGGAUGCACCAACACCAGCACCACAAUCAUCUUCCGCAUCCUCCUCCACAUCCACAUCCACCCCCACCUCCCAACCCUCACCCCCGCGCCGCGAACAAGGAAUCCCCAUCGUCCUAAUGUACGGCGAGCACGACUGGAUGGAUGUCGCGGGUGGCUACGCGGCGAAAGCACGCAUUGAGGAAGAAAAAGCGCGGAUCCUGCGUGACGCUAGCCCCGAGGAGCGCGCAGCGGAUCAAGGUUCUGCGAAGGUGGUUAUCAUUAAGAAUGCGGGACACCAUUUGUAUCUGGAUGGGUGGGAGGAGUUUAAUGAGGUUAUGUUGGAGGAAAUGAGGGGGGUUCACCGGGCGGGGAAGGCAGAAGGGAGGGGGCAGAAUGGAGAGUAG